GGCCUCCAGGAAGCCCGUGACAAAAACCGCCAGCAAAGGCGGUAAGAAGAAGAGGAAGACCAGGAAGGAGAGCUACGCCAUCUACGUGUACAAGGUUCUGAAACAGGUCCACCCUGACACCGGCAUCUCGUCCAAGGCCAUGAGCAUCAUGAACUCCUUUGUCAACGACAUCUUUGAGCGCAUCGCCGCCGAGGCCUCCCGCCUGGCGCACUACAACAAGCGCUCCACCAUCACCUCCAGGGAGAUCCAGACCGCCGUGCGCCUGCUGCUGCCCGGGGAGCUGGCCAAGCACGCCGUGUCCGAGGGCACCAAGGCUGUUACCAAGUACACCAGCUCCAAGUAAACCACUCUACUGCUGAAGUUUCAACCCAAAGGCUCUUUUCAGAGCCACACACUUUCUGCUAAGAGUAGGUUUCCUAAAACUCUAGCUUUAUUAAUGAUCAUGAUGUGCUAAAUAUUUCUGAUUUGA